AUGUAUGAGUAUGGGGGGGGGUUGGUGGUUGUGUGGGGGGGGUGUGAAGUGUAUGUGGGGGGGUGGUGUUUUGGGGGGUUGGAUUUGUAUUUUUUUUUUUGGGGGGUUUUUAGUAUUGGUGUAGGGGAUGUGGUUUGGGGGGGGGGGGGGUUGUGUAUGUGUGUGGUUGUUUGUGUGUGGUGGGGGGGGGGGGGGGGGGGGGGGGGGGGUGGGGGGUUGGUGGGGGUUGUGGGUGUUGUGGGUGGGGGGGGUGGGGGGGGGGUGGUGGGUGGGGGUGUGGGGGUGGUGGUGGGUUGGGUGGGUUGGGGGGGGUGGUGGUGUGGUGGGGGGGGGGGGGGGUGGGGGGGUGGGGUUGGGGGGGGGGUGGGGUGGGGGGGGGGGGGGGGGUGGGGUUGUGUGGGUUUGGUGGGGUGGGGGGGGGUGGUGGGGGUGGGGGGUGGUGGGGUGGGGGGGGGUGGGUGGUGUGGUGGGGGGGGUGGGUGGGUGUGGUGGGUGUGGGGGGGGGGGUGGGUUUGUUGUGGGUUGGUUUGGGUUGUGUGGGGGGGGGGUGGGGGUGGGGGUUUGGUGUGGGGGUGGUUGUGGGUGGGGGGGGGGGGGGGUGGGUGGGGUGGGGGGGUGGGGUGGGUGGGUGGGGGGUGGGGGGGGGGUAGGGGGGUGUGUGGUGUGUGGGUGUGGGUUUGGGGUUGGGUUUUGGUUUGUGGGUGGUGGGUUGGGGGGGGGGGGUGUUGUGGGGGGGUGGUUGGGUGGGGUGGUGGGGUGGUUUGUGUGUUGGGGGGUGGGGGGGGUGGGGGGGGGGGUAUUGGUGUUGGGGGUGGUGUUUUGGGGGGUUGGGGGGGGUGUUGGUGGGGGUUGGGGGUUGGUGGGUGGUGGUGGUUGUGGUGGGGGGGGGGGGUUUUUGGGUGGUUAGUUGGUGGGGGGUUUGUUGUGGUGGGGGGUGGGGGGUUGGGGGGGGUGGUUGGGGGUGGGGGUUUGUGGUUUGGGUGGUGGGUGGUGUGUGUUUGUUGUGGGGGGGGGUUGGGUGGGGGGGGGGUUGGUUUUUUGGUGUGUGUGUUGGUGUUGGUUGUUUGGGGGGAGUGGUUGGUUUGUGUGUUUGGGGUUGGGGUGGGGGUGGGUGGGUGUGUUUUGGGUUGGGUUUGUGGGGUGGGUGUUGGGGUGGGGGUUGGGUGUGUUUGUGUGUGUGUUGGGGGGGGGGUGGGUGGGGUGGGUGGGGUUGGGGGGGGGUUUUGGUUUGUGUGGGGGUUGGGUGUGUUUUGGGGUGGGGGGGGUGUGGGUGGGGUUUUGGGGUGUUGGGGUGUGUUUUUGGGUGGGUGGGGUGGUGUGGGGGUGGGGGUGUGUUGGUUUGGUUUGUGGGGGGUGUGUGUGUUGUGUGUUGGGGUGUGUGGGUGGGGGUGGGGGGGGGGGGGGUUGUUUUUUGGGGGUUUUGGGGGGUGGUGUGGUGGGUUGGGGGUUGUGGGUUGGUGGGGGGGUGGUUUUGUGGGUGUUUGGUUGUGUGGUAGUGUGUGGGGUGGGUGGGGUUUGGGUGGUGGUGGUUUGGUGGGGGUUUUGGGGUUUUGUUUUUGUGGGUGGUGGUUGGGAUUGUGUUGUGGUUGGGGGGUUGUAGUUUUGUGGGGUUGUGUGUUUUUGGGGGUGGGUUGGUUUUUGUUGGUGGUUUUGGGUUGGGGUUUGGUUGUGUGGUGGGGGGGGGGGUGGGGUUGGGUGGGUGUGGGGGGAUGUGGGGUUGUGGGGAUGGUUUGUUGUUGGGGUGUUUUUUGUAUGUUUUGGGGGGUGUUGGUGUAUGGUGGGGUAUUUUUGUUGUGUGGGGUGGGGUUUGUUUGUGGGGGUUUUUGGUGGGUGGGGGUGUGGGGGUUGGUUGUUUUUUGGGUUGGUGUGUGGUUUGGGUGGGGGGGGUUGGGGGGAUUUAUAUUGUUUUUUAUUUAUUGGGGUUUUUGUUUGUGUGUUUUUGUGGGGUGGGUUUGGUGGGUGGGAUUGUUGGGGUGGGGUGUUUGUGUUUGGUUGGUGUUGUGUGUGGGUAUUGGGGUUUGGUGUUGUGUUUGUGGGUUUGGGGGGAAAUUAGUUUUUUGGUGUUGGGUUUGUUGUGGUUUUAGGGUUGGUUGGGGGGUGGGUUGUUGGGUUGUUAUGUGUGGGGGGGGUUUGGGAGUGGGGGGGGUUUUGGGUUUGUUUUGGGGGUGUGUGAUUUUUUUUGUUUAUUGGGGUGGUAGGGUUUUUUGUGGGGAGUUGUUUGGUUUUUAUUGUUGUUGGGGUUGGGUGGUUGUGGUGGUGUGGUAUGGGUUGAGUUUGGGUAAUAAUUUUUGGGUUGUGUGGUUUGGGGGGUUUAUUUGUGGGGGGAUUGGGGGGGUGGUGGUGGUGGUUUGGGGGAGGGGGGGGGUUUGUUAUUGUGGGGGGGGGGUGGGGGUUGGGGGGGGGGGGUGUUGGGUUGUUGUUUGUGUUUGGUGUUGGUGUUUGGGUGUUGUUUGGGGUGGGGGGGGGUUUUGGGGUGGGUUGUUGGGUUUGGGGUGGGGUGGGUUGUGGGGGGGGUGGGGGGGUUUUUGUUUUUGGUGUGGUGUGUGUUGGGGUGUGUUUGUUGAUUGUGGUGUCGGGGGGUUGUGUUGUGUGGGGUGGUGGUGUUGUGUUUUGGUGGUGUGUUGGUUUUUGUUGGUGUGGGUGUUGUGGUGGGUGGGGUGGUGUUGUUUGGGUGGGGGUGGGGGGUGGGUUGUUUUUUGGGUUGUGGGGGUUUUGGGGUGUGGUUGGGGGUGGGGGUUUUGGGGGGGUGGUGGGGGGGGGGGGGUGUGGGGGUGUUUGGUGGUUUGUUUGGGGGGGGGUUUGGUUUGUUUUGGGGGGGGUGUGGUUUGUGUGGGUUUAGUGUGGGUUUGUGUUGGUUGUUGUUGGGGUGGGUGGUGUGAUUGUUUUGGGUAUGGGGAUUUAUGGGUUGGGGUGUUUUUUGUUUGGGGGGGUUUUUGGUGUUUGGGAUUUUUGGGGUUUGUUUGGGGGGUUGUGGUGGGUUGGUGUGGUGGUUUUUGUUUUGGGUGGGGGUUGGGUUUGUGGGUUGGGUGUGUGGGGUGGGGGGGUGGGGGGUUGUGGGGUAGUGGGUGUGGUUUGUGUUUGUUGGUUGGUGUGGGGUGUUGUGGUUUGUUUUGUUGUUUUUUUUGGUGUGGUGGGGGGGUGGUGGGUGGGUGGUGUUGUUGUUUGUUGGUUGUUGUGUGGGGGUUGGGUUUUUUGUGUUUUUGUUGGAUGGGGGGGUGGGGGGUUGGUGUGUGGGGGUGGUGGUGGGGGGGGGGGUGGGGGGGGGGGGGGGGGUGUGGGGGGGGGGGGGGGGGUGGGGUUGUGUGGUGGGGUGGGGUGUGGGUGGGGUGGGGGGGUGGGGGGUGUGGGUGGGGGGGGGGGGGGGGGGGGGGUUUGUGGGGGGUGUGGGGGGUGGUUUGGGGUUGGGGGGUUGGUGGGGGUUGGUGUUGUGGUGGUGGGGUGGGUUGGGGGGUGUGGUGUUGGGUUUUGUUUUUGGGGGGGUGGUGUGUUUGUUUUGGGUUGGUUGGUGUUUGUUGGUUGUGGGUGUUAUGUUUUGUUUGGUGUGGGGGGGGUGUUGUGGUUUGGGUGUGGUAUUUGGGGGGUUGGUGGGGUGUGGUUUUUGGGGUUUGUUGGUUGUGUGUUGUUGGUUGGUUGGUGGGGUUUGUUGGGAGGGUUUUUGUGUUGUGGGGGGGUGGGUGUGUGGGGGGUGUGGGGGUGGGGUUGGGUGUUUGGUGGUUGGGUUGGUGGGGUGGGGUGGGGGGUGUGUGUGUGUGUGUGUUGGGGGGGGGGGGGGUUGUGGGGGGGGGGGGGGGGGUGUUUGGGUUUGUGGUGGGUUGUGUUGGGUGGGGGGUGGUGGGGGGUGUGGAUUGGGUGUUUUGGGGGGUUAGGUGGUGGUUGUGGUGUUUUUGGUUUGGUGGGGGGGUGUUUUUGGGUUGGUUGGUUGGGGGGGGGGGGGGGGUUGUGGGGGGUGGUGGGGUUGUUUGUAGGUUUGGUUGGGGUGGGUUUGGUUUGGGGGUUUGGGUUUUUUUGGUUGGUGGGUGUGUUUGUGGGUGGUGUUUUUUGGGGGUGGGGGGGGGGUUGUUGUUGGGUGUGUUUUGUAGUUUUUUGUGGUGUUUGAUUGUUUGUUGUUGGUGGGGUUGUGUGGUGGUUUGUGGGUGGGGAUUUUGGGUUUUGUGGGUGGGUGUGGUUUUUUGUGAUGUGGGAGUGGUUAGGGGUGUUUGGUUUUUUUUGGUGUGGGUUGGGGUUGUGGUGGGGGGUGUGUUUGGUGGGUUUUUUUGGGUGUGUGGGUGGGGUUUGUGUUUUUUGUGUGUGUGGUGUUUGUUGGUGUGGGUGGUGUUUUUUGGGUGUUGGGUUGUGGGGUUUGUUGGGUUUGGUUGGUGGUUGUGUGGGUUGGGGGUGGGGGGGUUUUUGUGUUGGGUUUGGGUGGGUGUUUUGGGGGUGUGGGUUUUGGGGGGUUUUUGUUUUUUAGUGUUGGUGGGGUUUGGGGUGAUAAUAGGGGGGUGGUGUUGGAGGGGGUUUGAAGGGGGGGUGUUUGUUUUGGAUUGGGAGGGGGUGGAGUGUGAUGGGGGGGUUUUGUUUGGGGGGGGUGGUGGUUGGGUUUUGGAGUUUGGGUCUUGUUUUGUUGAGUUGUGGGUGGUUUGGGGUUUUUUUGGUGGAUUUGUGGGUUUUUGGUGUGGUGGUUGUGUGGGUUGGGGGGUUUGGGGGUUUUUGGGGUGUGUGGGGGGGGUUGGGUUUGGGGGGUGGUGGGGGGGGUGGGGGUUGGGGGUUUGGUUGAUUGUUUUGGGUGGGUGGGGUGUUGUUUUUUGGGUGUUGUUGGGGAUGGGGGGGGUUUUAGGGGGUUUGGGGGGGUUGGGGGUGGUAGGGGGGUGGGUUUUGUUGGUGUGGGGGGGGGGGGGGGUGGGUUUUGGGUUGGGGGGGGGGUGGUGGGUUUGGUUUUUGGUGUGUGGGGGGGGGUUUAUUGGGGGUGUGGGUUUGGUUGGUGGGGGGGGGGGUGGGGGGGGUGGUGUGUUUUGUGUUUGGUGUUGUGGGUUGUUGGUGGGGGGGUUGGGUUGUUUGUUUUGUGUGGGUGGGGUGUGUUGGUGGUUGGGUGGUUUGGUGGUGGUGUGGGUGGUGUUUGGGGGGGGGGGGGGGGUUUUGGGGGGGGUGUGGGGUUUGGUAGUGGGAUGUUGGGGUGGUGUGGUUUUGGGGGGGGGUUGGGUGUGGGGGGGUUUGGUUUGGGGGUGGUGUUGUUUUGGGUGUGUUGUUGGGGGGUCUUGGGGUGGUUGGGUUGUGUUGGGGUGGUUUGGGUGGUGGGUGGUGGGGGUUUGGUGGGUUUGUGGUGGGUUGGGGUGGUGUGGGGUGUGGUUGGGUUGGUGGUGGGUUUGGGGGGGGGGGGGGGGGGGGGGGGGGGGGGGGGGGGGGGGGGGGGGGGGGGGGGGGGGGGGGGGGGGGGGGGGGGGGGGGGGGGGGGGGGGGGGGGGGGGGGGGGGGGGUGGUGGGGGGGGUGUGUGGGGGUGUUGGGGGGUUUUUUGUGGGGUGGGGGGGGGGGGGGGGGGGGGGGGGGUGGGGGGGGGGGGUGUGUUGGGGGGUUUGUGGGGGGGGUGGGGGGGGGGGGGGGGGGGGUGGGGGGGGUUGGGGGUGGGGGGGGGGUGGUUGGGUGGGUUGGUGUGGUGGGGGUUGUGGUGGUUGGGUGGGUGGGGUGGGUUUUGGGGGGGUGGGGUUGGUUUUUGUGUUUGGUGGUUUGGGUGGGGGGUGGGUUGGUGGGUGGGUGGGUUGGGGUGGUGUGGGUUGGGGUGGUGUGUUGUUGGUUGUGGUUGGGGGGGGGUGUGUUUUGUUGGGGUGUGUGGGGGUGGUUGGGGGUUGGUGUUUUUGGGGGGGUUGGUUGGGGGGGGGGGGGUUUGGUUGGGGGGGGGGGGUGGGGGGGUGGGGGUGGGGGUUGUGGGUGUGGGGGUGUGGGGGUGUGGGGUGGGGGUGGGGUGGGGGGGGUGGGGGGUGGGGGGGGUGGUGGUGGGUGUGUUUGGGGGUUGGGGUUGGGUGGGGGUUUGGGUUUGGGGGGGGGUGGGGGGGGGUUGGGGGUGUGGUGGGGUGGGUUGGUGGUGGGUGGGGUGUUUUUUGUGUUGGGUGGUUGUUUGGUUGGUGUGGGUUGGUGUGGUGGGGUGGUGGGGUUGUGGGGGUUUGGGUUGGUGGGGGUGGUGGGGUGGGGGUGGGGGGGGUUGGGGGGGGUGUGGUGUGGGGGUUUUGGGUGGUGGGGGUGGUUGGUGUGUGUGGUUGGGGUGUUGGGGGGUUUGGGGGUGUGUUUUGGGGUUUUUUUGUUUGGUAUUGUUGUGGGGGUUUUGGUGGGGGGGAUUUGGGGUGGUGUUGGGGGUGUGUUGUGGGUGUGGGUUGGGUGUUGGUUGGGUUGUUUGUGUUGGGUGUUUUUUGUUUGUGUGGGGGUUGUGGGUGGGGGUGUUUGGGGGGGUGGGGGGGUGUGGUGGGUGGGGGUGGGUGUGGGGUUGUUGGGGGGGUGUGUGGGGGGGGGGGUGGUUGGUGGUUGGGUGGGUGUGGGUGGGGGGGGGGGUUUGGUGGGUGGGUGUUUGGGUUGGUUUGGGGUGGGGGGGGGGGGGGGGGUGGGGUUUGUUGUGGGUGGGUGGGGUGUGUGGGGGGGGGGGGGUGUGGGGGUGUGGGGGGGUGGGGUGGGGGGUUGGGUGUGUUGUUUGGGGGUUUGUGUGUGGGGGGUUGGGUUGUUUGGGUGGGUUGGGGUUUUGUUGUGGGGGUGGUGGGGUUUGGUGUUGUGUGGGUGGUUUGUUUGGGUGGGGUGGGGGUGGGGGGGGGGUGUUUGUGGGUGGUUGGGGGUGUUGUGGGUUGGGGUUGGUGUGUUUGGGGUGGGGGUGGGGGGUUUGGUGGGGGGGGGGGGGGUGGUGGUGGUUGGGGGUGGGGUGUGGGGUUGGGGGGGUGUGGUGGUGGUGUUUGUGGGGGGGGGGGGGGUGUGGGGGUGGGGGGGGUGUGUGUGGGUUGGGGGUUUUGGGUUGGGGGGGGGUGGUGUGUUGGUGUGUGGUGGGGGUGGGGGGGGGGGGUGGGGGGGGUGUUUUGGUGUGUGGGUGGGGGGGGGUGGGGUGUGGGGUGUGGGGUGGGGGGGGUGGGGGUUUGGUGUGGGGGGGGGUGGUGGGGGGGUUGGUGGUGGGGGGGGGGUUUGGGUGGGUUGUUGGGGGGGGGGGGGUGGUGUGGGGGUUUUGUGGGGGGUGGUUGGGGUUUGGGUGUUGUGUGGUGGGGGGGUGGUUGGGGGUGGUUUUUGGGGGUGUUUGGGGGGUGGGUGGGGGGGGUGUGUGGGGGUGGGUGGGGUGUGGGUGGGUUUUUGUGUUGUGGGGGGGGGGUUGUGUUGGUUUUGUUGUGUGGUUUUGUGGUUGGGUUUGGGUGGGUUGGGGUUUGGGUGGGUGUUGUGGUGGUUUUUGUGUGUUGGUUUUUUUGGUUUUGUUGGGUGGGUGGUGUUUUGGGUUUGGGUUGGGUUUGGGGGUUGGUGGGUUUUUUUUUUGGGGUGUUAUUUUGGGGUGUGUGGGUGUUUGUUUUGGUUUUGUGGGUGUUGUGGGUGGUGUGGUGGUUUGUUUGUUGGGGGGUUGUGUGGUUGUGUGGUUUGUGGGGGGUGUGAGGGGUGGGGUUUGGUUUGUUUUUGGGGUGAUUUUUGUUUGUGUUUUUUUGUGUUGGGUUGUGGGGGGGUUAUGGUGGGGGGGGGGGGGGGGGUGGGGGGGUGUUGGGUGGGUGUUUUGGGGUGGGGGGUGUGGUGUGGUUUGGGGGGGGUGGGUAUUGGUGGUGUGGGGUUGGGGUGGUUUUUUUUGUUUUUAUGUAUUUUGGGGUGUUGUUGGUGGGUUUGUUUGUGUUGGGGUUUGUGGGGUGGUGGUUGGGUUUUUUGUGGGAUUUUUUUUGUUUAGGGGGAAAUUUAGAGGAGAUGGGGGGAUUGGAAGUGUUGGGGGGGGGGGUUAUGAGUGGUGGUGGGUGGGGGGUGUGAGUGAGGGUUUUGGUGGGGGAGAAGGAGAAGAUAAGUUGAUGGUGUGUUGGGGGUUUGGGUUUGGAUUGGUGUUUUGGUUGGGAUUUUGUGGGGGAUUUUUGUUUGGUUGGGGAUGGGUGGUGUGGGGUGGUUUUUUGGGGUUGUUUAUGGUUUAUGUUUUGUUUGGUGGGGGGUUUUUGUUGUUGUUUUUGGGGGUUGUUUGGUUUGGGGGUGUAUUUUUGGGUUGGGGGGGGGGGGGGUUGGGGGGGGGGUGUUUGUUGGGUGGGUUUGUGUUGGGGUAUGUGGGGGGGGUGGUUUUUGGGGGGGUUGGGGGUUGGGUGGUGGGGGGGUUGGGGGGUGUUGGGGGUUGGGUGGUUGGGGGGUUGGUUGUUGUGGGGGGGUUUUGGGGGGGGGUGGUGGUUGGUGGGGGGUGUGGUUGUGGGGGUUGGGGUUGUGUUUGUUGGGGUUUUGGUUUUUUGGUGGGUGGUGUUUUGGGGGUGGGGGGGGGGUGUUGGUGUGGUGUGGGGGGGGUUGGGGGUGGUUGUGGUUGUGUGGGGGUUGGUUUGUGGGGGGUGGUGGUGGGUUUGUGGUGUGUGUGGGGGGUUUGGUGGUUGGUGGUUGGGUGGGUGGUUUGGUUUUUGGGGGGUUUUGUGGGUUGGGGUUGGGGGUGGUGUGGGUGUUGGUUGGGGUGGGGGGGGGGGUGGGUGUGGGGGGGGGUUGGUGUGUGUGGUUGUGGUGUUUUUGGGGUUUGUGUGUUGGUGUGGGUGGGGGGUUUGGGGGUGGGGUGGUGGGUGGGUGGGGGGGGUUUGUGGGGGGGUGGUUGUGGUUGUUGUUGGGGGUUGGGGUUAGGGGGGUGGUGGUUGAUUGGGUUGUGGGUGGUGUUUUUGGGUGGUUUGUUGUGGUGUGUUUGUGUUUGGGGUGUUGGGUGGGGUUGUUUUGGGUUGUUGGGUGUGGGUGUUGUGUUUGUUUGGUGGUAUAGUUUAUGUUGGGGGUGUUGGGGGGUUUGGUGUGUUUUUGGGUUGUGUGGUUUUUGUGGGGUGGGUGGGGUGGUUGGGGGUGGGGUGGUGUUUGUGGGGUGUUUGUGGGGUGUUGUUUGGGUUGUGUUUUGUAUUGUAUUGGUUGUUGGUGGGGUAGUUUGUGUUUGUGUUGUUGUUGUUGUUAUGUUGUUGUGUUUUGGGUGGUUUGGUUGUGUGUGUGUUUUGGUUGGUUGUGGUGUGGGUGGGUUUGGUGGUGGGGUUUGGGUGUUUGUGUUGUUUUUUUUUGGUGUGGUGGGUUGGGGGUUGGGGGGUUGUUGUUGUGGGUGUUGUGGUGUUGGGUGGGAUAGUGGUUUUUUGUUUUUGUGGGUGUGGGGUUUGGGGGGUGUUCUGUGUGGAGGGUGUGGUGGUUGGUGGGGGGGUUUGUAUGUUGUGAGUUGGGGGUUUUAUUGGGGGUUUUUGGGUGGGGGGUGGAUUUUUAGUUGGGGGUGGGGUGUGGGGUGGGGGUGGGAGGUGUUGGGUUGGGGUUGGUGGGUGGGGGGGGGGGGUUUUAGGUGGGUGGGGGUGGUGGGGGGGUGUGUGUUUGUUUGGGGUUGGUUGUUUUGUGUUUGUUUUUUGGUGUGUAGGGGGGGGGGUGUUUUGUUUAUGGAGUGUUUGGGUUUGGUGGUGGGGUUGGGGUGUGUUGUGGGUUUGUUGUUUGUGUGUUAUUUGGGUGUUUUUUGGGGGUGUUUUGGUGGGGGUGGGGGUUAUGUGGGUGUGGUUGUUUUGUUGGGUGGUUUUGUUUUGGUUUUGGGGUGGGGGUGGGGUUGGUGUGUGGGGGGGGUGUGGGGGUUGUUUGUUUGUUGUGAGGGGUGGUGUGUGGUGAGGGGUGUGUUGUAUUGUUGGUUUGGGGUAUUGGGUUUGUUUGGGUUGGGGGUUGGGGGUUUGGUUGGUUGGUUUGGGUGGGGGGGGGGGGGUGGUUAUGGGUUGUUUUUUGUAGUUGGUUGGGGGUGUUGUUGUUUUGUUUGUGUUUUUGUUUGGUUUGGGGGGUGGUGUUGUUGGUGGGUUGGGUUGUGGUUUUUGGGUGUUUUGGUUGGGGUUUUUUUGGGGUGUUGGUGGUUGUUGUUUUGGUGUGGGGUGGUGGGUUGGGUGGGGGUGGGGGGGAUGGGUUGUGUGUUUUGUGUUUUGGUUUGGUUUGGUUUUGGUGUGGUGGUUUGUUGUGUUUUGUGGGUUGUUUUUGGGGGGUUGGGGGUGUGUGGGUGGUGGGGGUGUUUUGGGUUUGGGUUGUGUUGUGUUGGUUGUUUUGUGUUUGUGGGGGGUUUUGUGUUGGUUGGGGUUUUUUGGUGGGUGUGUUGUGUGGUGGGGUUUUUGUUGUGUUUUUUUUUUGGUUUGUGGGUGGGGGUUUUUUUAUUGGUGUGGUGUAUUGUGGGUGGUGUGUGGGGGGUUGUGGGGUGGGGGGGGUGGGGGGUGGUUAUUGUGUGGUUUUUUGGGUGUGUUGGUUUGGGUUGGGGGUGGGGUGGUGUGGGGAUUGGUGGGUUUGUUUUUUGGGGGUGUUGUUGUUGUUUGUGGGUGGUGUGUGGUGGUGGGUUGUGGGGGUGGGGUUGUGUUGUGGGGGGGUGGGUUGGGGGGUGGGGUGGUGGUGGUUGGUUGGUGUGGGGGUGGUUUGUGUUGGUGGUGGUUGGUUUGGUGGUUGUGGGGGUUUUUGGGGUGGGUUGGGGGGGGGGUUGGGGUGGGGUGGGGUGGUGGGGGGGUGUGUUUGGGGGGGGUGGGGGGGUUGGAGGGGGGGGUGUUGGGGUGGGUGUUGUGUUUGUGGGGGGGGGGUUUUGUUUUAGUUUGGGUGGGGGGGUUUUGGGUUUUUGUGGGUUGGUUUGUUUGGUGGGGUUGGGGGGGGGGGGGUUGGGUUUUUGUGGGUGUUGUUGGGUGGUUUGUUUGUGGGGGUUUGGGUUGGAACCAGGAAAACGCUUCAUUACGUCGUCCCCUGAACCGUCUCUGCGGCGUUACCGCCCGCCGAGCCGCUCCCCGCGCUGA